ACAACACAGACUGUCACACAGUGUAAAGCCCAUUCUUUUGUGAUUUCUAAUGAUUACGUGGGUAUUUUGGAUGUAGAGAUUUUAAAUAUGAACGCGUCUGAAUCUUCACAAGACAACGGGUCUGGAGGAGCCACAGGUGGGUCUGAAGAAGAUGGCAGGGAAUUCUUUGAGUGCAAUAUUUGUCUUGAUACAGCAAAAGACGCAGUUGUUAGCAUGUGUGGACAUUUAUUUUGUUGGCCAUGUUUACACCAAUGGUUAGAGACCAGACCAAACCGACAAACAUGUCCUGUCUGUAAAGCUGGUAUAAGUAAGGAGAAAGUGAUUCCUAUAUAUGGCAGAGGGGCCUCAGAACAAACAGAUCCCAGAGAGAAAUUACCACCCAGACCUCAGGGCCAGAGAUCAGAGCCAGAAAACAAUAGGGGCUUCCCUGGCUUUGCCUUUGGUGGUGAUGGAGGUUUUCAAAUGUCCUUUGGAAUAGGAGCUUUUCCCUUUGGAAUCUUUGCAUCAACACUAAACUUCAAUGAUGGACGACCAGGCCCAGCCCAGCCAGGAACAGCCCACCAUCAAGAAGAGCAAUUCCUGUCCAAAGUCUUUUUAUGGGUAGCAGUUCUCUUUAUUUUUUGGCUCCUGAUUGCCUAGUGUGGACAUUUUAAUGCUACUACUAAGUAUAUGAGAGACUCUAGGGGCUGAAAGCUCUGAUAUUAUACUGAUAUGUAGGUCAGUGGGUGUAUGUUUUACUGGCUAAAUUUUUACAAAGAAAGAUGGGAAAAUUGUCUGGAAUCUUCUCUUAUUAUCUUUCUAUGCUAAAAUUGUGAGGAAUAUAGAUAGAUAGAAGUCAUUGUGAUCCAGUAAAUUUAAUUUUCUUGAUAAUUAAUGGAGAGAGAUAGAAGGGGAGUUUAUGAAAAUAACAGGCAUUAGUAGAUAGGUGCUUUAUUAAAAAAAUGUUGAAAUAAUCAUUAUAUAUUUAUGAUUCUAGUAACACAAUCUUCACAAAUUAUACAAAUCAGAACUUCUGUUCAAUUUUAAGUAGAAACUUUUUUCUUAACAACUAUGCAGGCAUCUUUAUCUGAUGAACUAAGUUCAAUUUUUUUUUAUAUUUUCAAUAUUCAAAUAGUAUUUUUGCUUUAAAUGAGUUUCAGAUAUUAAAGCUGAAAAUACAUACAUGUAUUAAGGUAUUUCUAAGAAAGACUGUGCAAUGAUAUGUUGUGGAUAUAAUGUAUGUCAUGCUUUAAUUUGUGAAGUCAAACAAAUGUUAUGUUAUUGUACUUUUUGUGUAUAUCCUAAAGUUAUGAUGUUACACUUAUAGUAUGUUUGAAAGAUAGUAGUCUAUAGAGCAGAGUGUUUUAAUGAGUGCAGUAGACCAUCAUUUUUGUGCAGAGUUUUAUGUCGCAAGUGUUAGAGUAUGAGAAUUAAUUAUAUUCCUCUUUUUGCUAGUGGUGAUUUUUAUGAAUUUUCUGUCAUAAUUAUGAUUUAACAUAGAGUGGGUGUAUGAUCUGCUAUUUUGAGUUGUUUUCUAUCUUUGAUCUGGUGAUGAAGAGGUAGAAAAAUAGAGAACAAGCUAGAUAAAAGUUCACACCCAAUCAUAGAAUAUGGAAAAUUCUAUCUAUAAAAGUUUUUUUUAUUUGUCAUUACUUUAUAUCAAGAUAGGACUUUUCUGUAAAUAAUGCAAUUUAAUUCAAGCACAUUACAAAGAUAUCAGAAAUUUAAAACAGUCACUGAGUUUUUUACUCCACAAAAAUAAUAGAGAUUUGAAUAACUGAUUGCAUGACACGACAGACAAUAAACAACAAUGGCAACAUUGAGGAAGAGAGGUAGACCAGUGGACACAAGCAGUUUGACAGAUUCUGAGAGAAAAAGCAAGGACAGAGAAGUAAAGAGAAAAUAAUAUUGUGUACACUUGUACCUCUUCUUGCAUCAUGACUUUAAUGCUGUAUUUUCCCGCAGUCAUGCACAUUGCGGAUCUUAUAAAUAUUCAACAAGGAGCAAAGUUUAAAGUCAAUUCAUAUAAUUAUAGAGAAGUGGGGUUAAAUCUGAGUUCAGAAUGGAUGAAAAAUUUAAUUUUAACAAACAUAACAUAUAUCAGCACUCAGUCUGGUAAAAUUAUAUUUUUUAGCUCAGAUACACCAUACAUACCUUUAAUUAAGUUUUAUUUUUAAGUUUGAUAAUUUAACUUCUAAGUGGUUUAUUUUUGCUUUCUUUGAUUACACAUCAUCAACAAUAUUAUAAACUGAAUAUGUUUUUCAGAUCCCCAAUGAAAAAAAAAAUAAUUAAAAAAUGUCCUUUUAAAACCAGUCACUAUUAAUAUUUCAGUGAUUUUUGUAAUUUAUUACAUUAAAAUAAGAAUCCUACAUUGAUCUGGUAUGUUUGCAAAUUGUAUAUAUUUCUAUACUUGUUUUCAUGGGAUGUGUUGGAAUGAAAAUUUAAAAAAAAAAAAUGGGCAUCAACUGAUUGAUAUUUAAUGUUUUAAUAAUAAUAUAAUAUAUGUAAAUACAUGUUCAUAAUUGAAAUAUGAUUAGUCAAAUAGAAAAUAGCAGCAAUUGAUAAAAGUGAUAGCAAUAUGAUACUGAUAAAAUUGAUAAGAUGACAAAAGUGGGUGAUGUGUAUGUUGUUAUUAUUUUUUUUAUUUUAUGUCACAAUAGGAGAAUAGGUAUUUAUUGUAAUGCAUUUGUUAAAAUGGAAUAACCAUUUGUUAAUUGUUGAUUGGAAAACUGAAAGUGAAAAUUUAAUAAAAAGCAUUGAAUGUA